AUGGAGCACAGCAGUAAUCGCCCAGAGGACUUCCCGCUUAACGUGUUCUCUGUCACUCCGUACACACCCAGUACCGCAGACAUCCAGGUGUCCGACGACGACAAGGCGGGGGCCACUUUGCUUUUCUCGGGCAUCUUUCUAGGACUGGUGGGGAUCACGUUCACUGUCAUGGGCUGGAUCAAAUACCAGGGUGUCUCCCACUUUGAAUGGACCCAGCUCCUCGGACCCAUCCUCCUGUCGGUCGGAGUGACAUUCAUCCUGAUCUCUGUGUGCAAAUUCAAAAUGCUAUCCUGCCAGUUGUGCUCAGAUAAUGAGGAAAGAGUCCCGGACUCGGACCAGACUUCGGGAGGACAGUCGUUCGUUUUCACCGGCAUCAACCAGCCCAUUACCUUCCACGGGGCCACCGUGGUGCAGUAUAUCCCCCCUCCUUAUGGUUCUCAGGAGCCCCUGGGAAUGAACGCCACCUACCUGCAACCCAUGAUGAACCCUUGCGGUCUCGUACCUCCUAGCGGAGCAGCGGCUGCCACACCAAGUCCUCCACAGUACUACACCAUCUACCCCCAAGACAAUGCUGCCUUUGUAGAGAGCGAGGGCUUCUCCCCUUUCGUGGGUGCUGGAUAUGACAGGCCCGGCUCUGAUGCUGACCAGCUAGAAGGGACUGAGAUGGAAGAGGAGGACUGUGUAUGCUUCUCUCCUCCCCCCUAUGAGGAGAUAGACGCCCUACCUCGCUAG